UGGGGACCACGAUCAUGGCUCCUGCGAUACGUUCCCAACGUCAUGACUGUCUCAACACUCGGUCGCCAUUUAUAAAUCCUUCAUGGCUCCCGCUUAUGUCCUCGACCACUACUUCCUCGCAAUCACCAUACUGGUGACGACCGCGUACCAGCUCUCCGGUUUUGCUGUAGCAUGGAUAUUCCAGUUCGACAAGAUUACAGAUUUCACAGGAGGCUCCAAUUUCUUCCUUCUAGCCCUUCUGACUCUGCUCAUGGGCAACACGUACCCUGCUCGUAAUAUCGUGGCAAGCAUUUUCGUUAUGAUCUGGGCAGUUCGAAUCGCAGGUUUUCUAUUCUACCGUGUACUCAAGGCGGGAUCGGAUACUCGCUUCGACGACAUUCGAUCGCAUUUCUUCAAAUUCCUUGCGUUCUGGAUAGGACAAAUAGUUUGGGUGUGGACCGUAUCCCUUCCCCUUACAAUCCUCAAUUCGCCUGCAAUAUCGGAUACAAGACGGUCUGGUUCAAACCCAGCUUUUGGUACUGCUUGUGACACCGUUGGGAUAAUCCUUUGGGUCGUCGGUUGGAUCGUCGAGACUACUGCUGACAUUCAGAAGUUCCGAUAUAAAAACAAAAAGUCGAAUCCUAAGGAUAAACCGGUGACGACUGGUUUAUGGAAAUGGUCUCGCCACCCGCCGUAUUUCGGAGAAAUACUUUGUUGGUGGGGUAUUUUUAUCCUCUGCCUGUCUCCAACAGUUUCUGGGACAUUGCCUUCUUCUGCAAAAUCUGCACAAUAUGCCGCUAUCGUGUCGCCCCUGUUCACCAUGCUUUUACUUAUGUUCGCUUCUGGGAUCCCGACUGCUGAGAAACCCCAGGCGGCGAAGUUUUUCCUCAUGAGUCACGGACCCACAGCAGAGUCUUCCAAUCAAGCGUGGAAUAAUUACAAGGCGUACUUGAACGAGACUUCGAUUUUGAUUCCGAUACCUCCUGCAGUGUACAAACCAAUUCCCCGAUGGUUGAAGGCAUCUGUUCUAUUGGACUUUCCGUUUUAUCAUUUUGAUGAGGGAAAGGAUGGAGCAGAUGCCAUCGAAAGCACGGGAAGCAGGAGUAACUAAAUAAAAUCCAUUUGUGUAAUGAUGUACGAUAAGAACGCACCUGUUUUAAAUACGCUACCUCAAAAGACGAAACAAGU